UAAGAGAUCGGGCGUUCCACUCGAAAGGAUUUGCUCGCCAGAACACGCGGCAGCGCCAUCUGUUGACGGUUCUUGCGGUGAAACUAAUGACUUGCAGCAUAUCGGAAAAGUUUGAAGAGCACCACAUGUACGACUUAAGAAGAGGGGGUGAUGACCAGGAUGUAACGUCACCUGUUUUCAACGUGACUGAAGUUGGCAAGUACUCGCAGGUCGUGUGUACUCUGGUGCCGCCAAUGACCUCUCAGCCAGCAUUGCACGAUUUCAGAUUCACAAUCGUGACAACGCCAUGGAUCUCUAACAGCUUACCAGCUCAAAAGCGCACAAUUUACAACCUAAAGAAGUGUGCGUCUCAGAGAAAAGCUUAUUCUUCCCACACUGAUGGAAACAUGCAAAUGAAAAUCAGAUUUUAGUUAUCAGAAUCAAUGACAAGGCAUAAAAAAACACAAAAUCAUAACAAUGGUAAUUGUAAUAAUGUAGCACAGAAUUUGCAACAUGGAUUGGGUGAAGAGGCUUCAAUAUACGACCCUUGCUUUUUGGGACAUGAUGUUGGUGAUCCAAACAGAUCACAUGUCUCAAACUGCCAAGGAAUGGAAGAACAUUCCAUUCCUCUCCGAAUGGAAAGAUUACAAUCAAUGUCCCUUCCCCCACGUGAUAUAAUGCCAUAUCACAUAAGAUACCCAAUUUCAAAUUCUGAAGCAAUAGAUCCAAGAUCAAGACCUUUUCCAGUAAUGGAUGCUGAAUCAAUAAUGCAUUCCUCCCAGCAGUUACUGGCUCAUGAAAUAAUUGCAUCAAACCUAUUUAAUCGCUGCCAUUCACCAUCUGCUCACAUCUCUCGGCGAGAUUAUGUACCAUCAAAUUUGGAAUAUAGUGGUACAAGUGAUAGUGGGGGAGAGAUUGUUGCCACUCCUCCUACGACAAGUCGUCGUUUUGGCAUAGUACCUGGAGAAGCACCUGUCCGAAGAUCACCACCAUCAGUAAGAGCAAGUUCAGGUGAAGACUUCGAUGUAGAUCCAUACAUGGAGACAGUAUUUCGUAAAGUUACUGUGAAGAAGCGCCGACAGGAAACUCGCCAAAUUUUUGAUAGAGGGGCGGCGGGGCGGCCGCGGCGCAGCACGCGCAGCCUGCGCGUGUCGGAGGUGAGCCGGCGCGUGGCGCCGUGCGCCGCCGAGCCGCUGGAGCGCGAGCCGCUGGAGCUGAGCGCGGGCAUCCUGCAGCCCGACGGCGACGACUAUCGCCUCGUCUUCAUCAGCUCCGAGGACUCGUCCUCCAAGGAGGAAGAGGAGGAGGAGGAGGGCGAGGGCAGCCACUCGGAGGACGCGGACGCCGACAGCUCGUCGAGCUCGUCGACGGCGCCGGGGCUGGCGCUGGACGAGUGCGACUGGGACUACUUCGAGCCCGGGCGGGCGAGCGCGCUGCGCGACUGGGCGCGCGCGGGGGGCGCUGGCGUACUUCUAAUGGAAAUAAAGCAGAUCAAUGUUAGUUGUGUACAAUCUUUAAGUAUAUACUUUUAUGAGAAGAAAGAAAACAAUUUGCCUAAGGAAAGAUUCAAACUACUAAACGUGUAUAGUAUAUAUAGAUAUAUAAGAUAUAUAGAUAUUGAUAUA